AUGAAAUCGUACAAUGACCCGCUAACAAAACUAAAUAUCAGAAAGAAGUACAGAAGUGAAUACUCAAUCAAGUUAUACUCAUUGAAAAUAGCGUAUGCGGCUCGCGCACGCGCACUCGACUUCUUCGUGCGCCCGUUAAAAUUUUACGCGGGAAACUUGUGUAACCUGUCAAGAAAACGCGCAGACAUGGCUGGAUCAGCCAUGCUCGUGUGCGGCCUAAGUUUGCUCGCCUUGGUGGUGGUUACACAAGCAUUCACUUUAGACGAAGAUGUAACGAACAGUUUGAGAAGUGCCGCGGCAGGCGCCAUCAAUCACGGGGAGGUUGCCAUCCUCAUUGACCUUCAGGGACAGAGUUCGACAGAGCUUCUACGCGUCAAAGAUGUUGAGGAUAUCUCUAUCACUCUUACUUAUAACAAAGAUGAUAAAAAGGUAUCCUUGACCAGUCACAUUGGGGAUCAUCUAAAAGUUAUAUCAUGGAAACUGGAAGACCAUCCUCGCAGCAAAUUGAUACUGGUUAUAACUGCGACCAGAGUUAGGCUGAUUGACGACUGUAAACGUCUUCACUGGCAUUCUAUGGUCGGCAGGCAUGAUCUGAUGUCUACGCUUCUCAGUCAGAACAUGGCAUUAUACCACGAAGAAGGUAGAACUAUAAAAAUAUAUAACACUGAACAAGAGGCUUUCGAUUCCAUUUGUGACCGUCAUAAUGGCCUGAAACGUGUUAAAGACACUGACUACGAGGAGGUAGGCGAAUAUAGAAAGAGACUUGAAGAAGAAAUGCAAGGAGAUGAUUAUAGAGCCAAUUUUGUAGAUCCUAAUACUGUUUUACCACAACCGACUCCACAGAGAGGAGAUAUACCAUCGAAUGCUAUUGAGUCUUGUGAUGACGAGGUGAUUCGUCAGUUGACACUUCUUCGUCAAACGAUCGAACACCUUCGUCGUGAGGUGAGUGAGCAGAGAGGUACGAUAGACAGUCUCCGUAGUCAGCUCCACCAAUGUUGCAACCGUGUCGUGCCUACACCCCCACCAGUUGAGAGGUGCUCUGGAUCUUCGUGCUAUCCUGGCGUGGAAUGCCGAAAUACGGUGAGCGGAUAUGAAUGCGGAUCCUGCCCUCAAGGCAUGGAGGGAGAUGGAAAAAGAUGCAGACCAGUUACGUGUGACAGAAGACCCUGUUCACAAGUGGAGCGCUGUGUCGAUACUGAACGAGGAUAUCGAUGUGAGAGGUGUCCCGGGAGACAGACCAGCGAUGGAAAAACUUGUCGCUCCGCUUGCAGCCUCAACCCUUGUUUUGGCGGACGUGUACAAUGCCAAGACCUACCGGAUGGCGGAUUUCAGUGUGCUUCAUGUCCAGAAGGCUAUCACGGAAACGGCGAGAACUGCUACAGGGUGUCAUGCCGCCAAACCUCAUGCUUUCAAGGAGUGAAAUGUCAAGAGUCGUCCACUGGUCCUCGCUGCGGCCCGUGCCCUGGCGGGUACAAUGGCAACGGGCAACAGUGUGACCAUGUAUGUGAUACGCAUAAACCGUGCGACAGUAGGCGUUGUAUCCCUCAGCCAACACCCCCUUUCUACGCCUGUGAAGACUGUCCCAAAGGAUUUGAAUGGAACGGCUAUAACUGUGUUGAUAUGGAUGAAUGUGACCUCAUUCGUCCAUGCGACGAAUUAGUUUCGUGCCGUAAUGAAAAAGGCGGUUUCACAUGUGGACCAUGUCCCGCUGGAUAUGAAGGUAGCUCAGGGUGGAGAGGCUCCGGCGACGAACAUCGUCGGGAGCAAUGUAUUGAUAUUGAUGAAUGUGUCGAAGGGAGAGCCAACUGUCCUCGGGGACGACUCUGUGUGAAUACACCGGGUUCUUUCACCUGCGUGCCAUGCGGAGGUGGGUACUACGUUAACACGACCCGGCCCUGCAUCGGUCCUGGCGAAUUAGUGCAGCGCUGUGAUCCUGCAAGAUGUCGGCGGUAUAACGCCGUCUGUGCAUACGGAAACAAGUGUGCUUGCGCGACCGGCUGGGCAGGUAACGGUACAGUCUGCGGUCCUGACAGGGACCUUGAUGGUUAUCCUGAUCAACAGCUGCCAUGUUCAGAAAGAAACUGUAAAGCUGAUAACUGUCCCGAAGUUUCCAACUCUGGACAAGAAGACGCUGAUGGUGAUGGUAUAGGAGACUCGUGUGAUGGUGACGCGGAUGGUGACGGUAUACCUAAUUUACCAGACAACUGCCCUCUCACCCCAAACCCUGAUCAACUGGAUCGUGAUGAAGACCGCAGUGACAAACGAGGCGACGCAUGUGACAACUGCCCUAGGAAGUACAACCCUGGACAAGAGGACACCGAUGGGGAUAGUAUUGGAGAUGCUUGCGACCCUGAUAUCGAUAACGAUAAUAUUCCCAACGAGGACUUGGAUCGCGAUGGUAUUGGAGAUGCGUGUGACAACUGCCCUCGCAUCAGGAACCCAGAGCAAGAAGAUGCAGACAGAGACAGUGUCGGUGAUGCUUGUGAUAGCGACGUUGAUAGGGACACUGAUGGUAUUCAAGAUAGCAUAGAUAAUUGUCCGACAGUACCUAACAGUGACCAACAGGAUGUCGAUGAGGAUGGCAAGGGCGAUGCCUGUGAUGACGACGAUGACGGCGACGGGAUACCUGAUGUAGAAGACAACUGUCCACUCAUUCCGAAUAAAGACCAGAAGGAUUCCAACAAUAAUGGCAUCGGCGACGCUUGUGAGGAUGACUUCGAUGGUGACAAAAUACACAACGAUAUAGACAACUGUCCGAAUAACUCUAAGAUAUUCCGCACUGACUUCAGAAACUACAUGACAAUUCGUUUAGACCCAGAAGGCGAGUCCCAAUUAGAUCCCAACUGGGAGAUCGCAAACCAGGGAGCGGAAAUCUUACAGACACUCAACUCAGAUCCUGGACUGGCUGUGGGUUUUGACAAUUUUGGUGGUGUGGACUUCGAAGGAACUCUAUUUGUAGAUACACAGAUCGAUGACGACUACAUCGGUUUUGUAUUUGGUUAUCAAAACAACAAACGUUUCUACGUUGUCAUGUGGAAACAGAAUACGCAGACAUAUUGGCAGACGACGCCGUUCCGUGCUGUAGCUGAGCCUGGUAUACAAUUGAAGCUGGUGAACUCCAAGACUGGUCCAGGCAAAAUAUUGAGGAAUGCUCUUUGGAAUACUGAAUCUACACCAGAUCAGGUAACUCUUCUCUGGAAAGACCCUCGCAACGUGGGCUGGCGUGAGAAGACAGCCUACCGCUGGCGUCUACUCCACCGGCCAAAGAUCGGACUCAUUCGUCUCAAGAUUUAUGAGAACAACAGGCUCGUGUCUGACUCCGGCAACGUGUAUGACUUCACUAUAAAGGGAGGCAGACUUGGAGUGUUCUGCUUCUCACAAGAAAUGAUUAUAUGGUCCAACUUGAUAUAUAGAUGCAAUGAUAAGAUCCCAUCGAAUAUCGCUUCAGAAGUAUCAAAGAGACACCACUUUGAAGUUGAUCACGAUUUAUACUAUGUUUAG